AUGGAGAAGGCACGCUCUCCGUGUGGCAUGCUUGUGGUGAAGAUGAAGGAGAUCGAAGAUGGCACUUUUGUGGCAGUGAACCGAGACAAGCGAAUGAAGCACUUGGUGGACAAGUUUGGGCUGGACAAAAUAGCUCACACGAGCUUAUCUGACAUUUUGGCACGCUGCGCGCCAGAAAAGCAACAAGAGUACUACUAUGAUCUCGAGAGGCAUUUCGAGUGCUCCGGCAAGCCCUCAGCCACUGCCAUGUUGCUCAUGAAAAAGCUUGCGAGCGGGGAUCCACUGGGCCCACCCGGCAAGCCGGGUCCUGGCAGCUAUUUGGACAAGAUGCAGCGGGGCGAGCGGGGCGCAGGGGGCGCAGAGCGAGGCAACGAACGAGUCGACCGAGGCAAAGGAAGCGAGCGUGGCCCAGACCGAGACCGUGACCGAGACCGUGACCGAGACCGGGAUCGAGGAUUUCGUGAGCGCGACCGCGGCUAUGAUGAUCGGCCCCGAGACCGCGAGCGCAGCAGGGGAGAUCUAGGAGACAGAGGCCGCAUGGAUCGCGGAGAUCGAGGAGAUCGCGGCUUUGCAGACAGGCGGGAUGAUCGAAGGGAUGAUCGAAGGGAUGAUCGAAGUGAUCGAAGAGAAGAUCGAAGAGACGAUCGAAGAGAAGACCGAAGAGAUGACCGAAGAGAUGGAAGAGACGACCGCAGAGACGAGCGCCGGUUUCCCGAUCGGCGCGAUGAGGGCAAGGAAGGUCGGAAGGGCGAGGGCCGCGCACGGGAUCCAAAGCAGCCUUGGGAGCCCCAACCAAAGGGCAUGGAAAAGCCGGAGCGAGGAGAAGGCUGUCCAGAAGCUGUAGGCCUGUCUGGUCGAGCUGCAGCCAAUGCCUUGCAGGCUGGGGCGGAGCGAGUCCGCCGAGAGGUUCAGGCAAAUAUUCAAGCAGCCAUCAGAAAGGCAAUCACAGAAGGAAGGCCUAUGGAGGAAUGGACUGCGUGA